AUGGCGGCGGAGCCCGCGGCGGACGGCCAGGAUCCCCCGCUGGCGGACGCCGCCGCCGCCUCCGGCGACGACGACGCCGCGGCGGCGAACGCGCUCCUGAGCGCGGCCUCGGAGCAGCUGACGCUGGUGUACCAGGGGGAGGUCUACGUCUUCGACCCCGUCCCGCCCCAAAAGGUUCAAGCUGCUCUGUUGGUGCUUGGAGGGUGUGAGGUGCCUCCUGGUUUAGUAAGCAUGGCUGGGCCUACUGCAUAUGGUGAAAAGAGUACAACUGUGGCUGCCAAAAGGGUUGCUUCCUUAAUGAGGUUCCGUGAGAAGAGGAAGGAAAGAUGUUUUGAUAAGAAAAUAAGAUACGGAGUGCGCAAGGAAGUUGCCCAAAAGAUGAAACGGCGUAAAGGACAGUUUGCUGGAAGGGCAGAUUUUGGUGAUGCUGCAAGUUCUUCUGCAGCUUGUGUCUCUGCAGCCGAUGGCGAGGAUGAUCAUUUCCGAGAAUCCCAUUGUCAAAAUUGUGGUGUCAGCUCAAGGCUUACUCCAGCAAUGCGUCGGGGGCCGGCUGGCCCAAGGACCCUCUGUAAUGCUUGUGGCUUGAUGUGGGCAAAUAAGGGUACUCUGAGAAGUCCUUUGAAUGCCCCCAAAAUGACGGUGCAGCAUCCCGCCAAUCUGAGUAAAAUGGACAGUGUGGAUGAUGACAAAGCAAUUGUUUGUGCUGAGCCUAAUCAUACCACGGUCAAAAUGGACUCUGGGAUGAGUCCGGAACAAGAACAGAAACCAGAACUGCGCCCAGCGACCGAAGGCGACAGCAUGGCUGAUUCUUGA